AGUGUGAUACGUACAAUGGACGGUGGAUAGAAGCGUGAAGCAGGCCGUGAACCCCUUCCGAAUUAUGAACUUCAUGAUUGAUGGCUGAAGACUCUUGAAUUAUUUGUUCAUAUAGAUCUAGAUAUAGAUAGAUCUAUAUCAUUUUUUAUUUGACAGUCGACGUUUCGUUGUUUUGUUCGCUUUAGGUUUGUCAGCUCAGUUAACCUUUUUAAAAACAGAAGACUUAUCAGUAGAACUUCUAAUAAAAUCUAAACGGACAACAAAAGAUCUGACAGAGUGGUGCAGCAAGCUCCAGACGAUCGUAAUUUAGAUGGCACACAAUCAAGUCUUCCCGGAGUCACAGAAAUGGCUGAAAGAAUACCUCGAAAGUUCGUUGGAACAGUUUGAAAAUUUGUUUAACAAAAAUGUCAUCAGUACCGAGAGUAUAAGGAACUACACGCUGAUCAGAACGCUGGGCUCGGGCUCCUUCGGCCGUGUGAUGCUGUCCCAGCAUGGAGGCGACAACCCUCAGAAGUGUUACGCCAUCAAGAUCCUCAACAAGGAGAAGGUGGUCAAAAUGAAGCAGGUAGAACAUACGAUGAAUGAGAAGCGUAUUCUCCUGAGUAUUGGCUCGCCUUUUGUCGUACGCUGCCUGAACGCCUUCAAGGACACGACAAACCUCUACAUGGUCAUGGAGUUUGUCAAUGGCGGAGAGCUCUUUCAUCUACUCAGGAAAAAAGGUCGACUCCCCGAGUACUGGUGUACAUUCUACGCGGCUCAGGUGACGAUGGCCCUACAGUAUCUUCACAACUGCAGCUUGCUCUACAGGGACCUUAAACCGGAGAACAUUUUGUUGGACCAUCUUGGAUACUUGAAGGUGACGGACUUUGGCUUUGCCAAGCGUGUUCAAGGUCACACUUGGACUUUGUGCGGAACUCCCCAAUACCUGGCCCCUGAGAUGAUCCUCAACCGUAGCUACGGCAAGUCAGUGGACUACUGGGGGCUGGGCAUCCUUAUCUACGAACUCAACGCAGGGUUCGUCCCGUUUGACCACAAAGUUCCAUUGAAACUGUACGAGUUGAUAGUGGAAUGCCGCCUAACAUUCCCAUCUUUCUUCAAGCCGACGCUGCGAGACUUGCUGACCAACAUUAUUCAGGUAGACGUGACGAGGCGCUUCGGUAACCUCAGAAAUGGGGCACUGGACAUCAUCAACCACCCGUGGUUCAAGGACACAGACUUCAGAAAAAUUCUUAUGAAAGCUGAGAAAGCUCCAUGGGUUCCAAACCUGAAAGGGCCAAUGGAUUCAUCAAACUUUGACAAAUGGACAGAGGAGUCGAUAUCAAUCUCAAAGCACGACAAGUACCCAGACGAGUUUUCAAACUUCUGAAAAUGAAUCUGUGUACUGUAAGGUCCCUGCUCAAAGCCAAAGAUCGUACUUAACAAGAUAGUUCACUCAGCCAAAAAAGUGUCCCCGGAAGUCCGCGCUUUGGUUCAGAUGGCGCCGCAGUCUUUCGUUUCUCCAGAAGAAUAGGAACAGCGCAGUUUGUUAGUUCACUCACAGAAUUCUAUACCUAUGUGUAGAAAUCUGUGGUUUCACUAGAGACCUAGCUCUGGUUUCACUGUUAGUGUUUUUCACACAAGUAAGAUAGAUUUCUAACUCUUAUCCAUAAGUCCGCGCUUUUUCAAAGAGGGCGCCACCCAAUUUUGUGUUGAGGACACUUAUUUUUACUUCUCAAAGAGAGGAGUGAACUAUCUAGUUAUUCACAAUCUUUGUCAAAGCACAGGGUCCUGUCUCGUGAUGCAAGACACAUGUAUGACGGUUGUUCACUUGUUCUUGUUCACUAACCUACAAGCUAUUCAAUCUGGACACAUUCAACAACUAAGAAUAGCAAAUGAAAAGAGUUCAAUUCUACUCAACGACAAAUUUACUGUUUUAUCCACCCUCUUAAAUUGACUAAUCCUAGCGAAAUGAAUUGUGAUUGAACAGCUUGCAGGAUGAAAGUUCACACUUGGUCAUAAACGACAUGUAGCUACAACAGCAGAGCAUAAUCCUCGCAGAUCAAUUAAUGUAAAAAAAACCUCCUGUCAACCACUACGGAAGACAUGUUAAGCACUGUAGCUAUGUUUACAAUUACAAUAAAUGUUUCUCACGUAAUGUUGUUCACGUCAAGGUUCAUUUCCUAAUUUUUCAACUCACUGACAAUCAUAUUCUUUAGCACACACAAGGUUGAUUCCUUUUACACAAAUAUCACGAGUUUAUUUUAUCUACCAUUAAGCCACUUAUUUUAUACCUAAUGUGUUCUCUGUGGCUGCUGAAAAGAUUGCUCAUUUAUUGAUUGUUUUGUAAUUGGUUCCUCAUGCAAAUCCAAAAAUGUUCUUUAUUUUCUUUCAUCUAAACAUCUUUGCACCUCUUAUUUUUUUUUUAUGAAUUGUGCGCUCAUUUAAUGUAUUAUUAUGCUUCACUUGUGUUUCAUACAUAUAUUGAAAUGACUUUUUUUUUCAAGCAUUCCUAAGCUUUAAUCUUAUUGCUAAAGGAUCUACACGUAUUACCUAUCUGAAAAACAAAGCUGUACUACUGUCAUUUGAAACCAAUUUUUCAAAACAGACCUGCUACUAGAGGACACACAUUGAGCAUGAGCUCAUCACAGACAAAACUAAGGACAAAGUGCUAUGAUUACAAUUUUCUAGAGGGAAGCGACCCCCCCCCCCCUCAAAUAAAAAAAGAAAUCCUUCAAGAACAAUACACGUAUUUCUAUCAUUUUAUUUGUAAGUCUUCCAGCAGUAUUGAAAGAAGCAUAUCUGUGUUUUACGUAUAAAAAUAUGACUUCUCUUUGUCUUUCCUUCCUCUUGAUAAAUGCAUUCAAAGAUACGGUCUUGGUUUUAACCCUAUCUGUACGUCAUGUUUUACUAUCGUAUCCAUAUGACGCGGGGAACUCUGUGCCCCCACUUUCCA